AUGGCGGGAGCCGACGAGGCGGUGGAGCUGAUGAAGGCCGCGCCUCCGGAGACGCCGAAGAGCACACUGACCGUCCAGGGGAUGAAAAUCACGUUCAAGGACCUCCAAUACUCGGUUCCCAGCAACGUCGACAAGAAGACCAAGGCUUUUCUUCUCAAGAAAGUCAAUGGUUACUUUCUGCCAAGGCAGAUGGCUGCCCUUAUGGGACCUAGUGGAAGUGGCAAGACCACGCUUUUGGACGUGCUGGCUGGGCGCAAGACAGCUGGCGAAAUCACUGGCGACAUUCAUUUCGCAGCCCACAAGCCCACGUUGACGUUCCUCAGGCGCUACACAGGCUAUGUGGAGCAAUUUGACACUAUGCUGGACAUUUUGACGGUGCAAGAGAUGCUUAUGUACACUGCUGAGUUGAAGCGUAACAUCAAAGAGAAGCUGGAUGUGAAGAAAGAUAAGGUGAAUGACAUCAUCAAGAAGCUGGCAUUGGAGGUCUGCAGGGACACGAAGAUUGGCAAUGCGCUACACAGGGGCAUCUCGGGUGGGCAGGCCAAGCGUGUAAAUAUUGGCAUGGCACUGGUGACCAGUCCCAGAGUGCUUUUUCUGGAUGAGCCAACCUCAGGUCUCGACUCGUACACAUCCAACGAGGUGAUGACUGUGGUCAAGCAGUUGGUGUCUGAUGGCAUCACCAUCUGUGCCACCAUUCAUUCUCCCACACCAUACGCCUUCUCACUCUUUGACAGGCUCAUCAUGCUUGUCCGAGGCGAGGUUGUCUACUUUGGGGACAGGGGUGCCGCCAAUGCGUACUUCGAGGCCAUUGCUCCAGAGUUUGUUGGGACAACCAUGAGCUCUGGCAACGAGGCUGAGUGGCUGACAGACGUGAUCGUGAAGGCGGACCGCACAAACCAGGGGCCUGUGCUGGCUCAGAAGUUUGGCAAAUCGCCAUUGAAGGCAGAGGGCGACAAGUUUCUGGAGACUUUCAUGCAAGAGCGCAGCAGUAUCCCUGAGGCGACUAUGAAAGAGCUUGAGGUGAAGAGAGCAACGGUGACACCGUUUUGGUGGGCUUUGAAGACACUGGUUAAGUAUCGCACGACAAGGAACUACCAGAGUGCAGAGUUUCUGGGGCCGCGCAUUGGGGACAAGCUCAUCUUCUCGCUCAUCUUGAUGUCCUUGUAUUGGGGCAUUGGAGAUGACCUCACUGCAGACAAUUUCAUCAACAUAUCUGCUUGCCUUUUCAUGUGGUGUACACUCCCAGCAUUUGGAGCCGCAUCUUAUGUGCCAGCCAUCGUCUUGGAGCGCCAACUCUUUAUUCGCGAACGGAAUGAUGGCCUGUAUCGAGUCAUAACUUACAUGUGUGCGAAAAUCGUGGACGAACUCAUGAUUGCAUUGGUAGCCUCCGGCGUUUUUGGUGCAGUCGUCUUUUUCCCGGUGGAAUUGCAAGGCAGCUUUGCACUGUUCUGGUUCAUCUACUUUGCAACGCUCUCCUGCGGAAUUGUUCUGGCUUACUUCGUCGCUGCCAUGUCUCCAAAUAUGGACGUGGCCAAUGCUUCACUUCCCACUUACGUGGUCACCCUCCUCUUCUUUGCUGGCUUCUUGUUCCGCUUCGAUGACAUCCCAGAUUACUGGUUUUGGUACUCCAAGAUCAACUUCCUCAAAUAUGCUUGGGGGUCACAGAUGGCCAACCAGUGGGGAGCUGGCGAUGUGGACUGCACGGAAGACCCUGACAACCCAGCCUGCAUUGUGACUGUUGGGAACGGGAACAAAGUGACAGUCCUACAGUUCUAUGGUCUGGAGGACGUAGACAAAUGGAAUUACGCCGCAUUUGAGGUGUGCUUCUUUGUGGGCUUUUUCUUCCUUGCCUACAUGGCUCUCGCUUACAUGAAGCACUCAGCGCGUUAA